GACUCGCCUAUCUUCAGUCGCAGUCGAAACGAGCACCAGAGUUGACCGUCAGCGCAGAUAGCAAGCAAGAGCUCAGGCUAACUCGCACUCGGUUUGGAUUUUGGGAUGGAAACUCGUGCGGCUGCGCGGAGCUCUCGAUCCUCCAACACUCUUACCUUUAAAAGUGGUUUGACUCUCUGGUUGGUGGUGUGGCUGUUGGUAUGUCGCUGUGCACCGGGUCAGGCAUGUCCCAGGCUGUGUGUAUGCUACCAUACACCCAUGACUGUCAGCUGCCAGUCUCAGAAUUACACAGCUGUCCCUGUUGGCGUGCCUUACGACUCCCAGCGUGUCUUCUUGCAGAACAACCGCAUCACUGAGCUCAGAGCUGACUCUUUUGGUUUCGAGACACAGGUCCUAUGGCUAUACUCUAAUAACAUUUCAUGGAUCGAAGCAGGUGCAUUUAGUAAUCUGCGUGUACUGGAGGAGCUAGAUUUGAGUGACAACCCAUCACUGCGCAGGCUGGAUGGAGGCACAUUUAGGGGGCUGGAGCGACUACAGAGUCUUCACAUGCAUCGUUGUCACCUAGCUGAGCUGCCCGCAGACCUCUUUCACAAGCUGUACAGUCUCCAGUUCCUCUACCUGCAGGAGAACCAGCUCACCCACCUCCCUGACGGCCUCUUCUCCGAUCUGGUCAAUCUCACCCACCUAUUCCUUUAUGGCAACCGUAUUCGAGCCCUUUCUGAAAACGCCUUCCGCGGCCUGGUGAAUCUCGACCGUCUCCUGUUGCACGACAACCGCAUUCGGCAAGUCCAUCGGCGAGCUUUCCGUGACCUGGGCCGAUUGACGAUCCUGUAUCUGUUCGACAACUCUCUGCAGGAGCUUCCAGGCCAGGUGCUGAAGGACACAUCAUCGGUGCAGUUCCUCAGGCUCAAUGGCAACCCCUGGACCUGCGGCUGUGAAGCCAGGUCAAUCUGGGAGUGGUUCCGCAAAGCUCGAAUUUCCAGCUCAGACCUAACCUGCACGUCACCAGCCCCCCGUAAAGGCCAGGAUCUGAGGUUCUUGCGGGAGCUGGACUUUGCCCUCUGCCCACUGCCUGACCCAGGAUCUAUGGCUGGCACUACAACCACCACCUUUAGCACCAAAACACGUUGGUGGUUCUCGAAGAACAAACCAGCAUCGUCAUCCAAAAGCUCCUUUCACAAGAGUACAGAGACACAAAAGGCCUUUCCGUUCACCUCCGUCAAACAUUCCUCAUCUUCCUUAUCCUCCAAAUACGAUCUCACAGAAGAGGAGGCUGCGUUACCCAAGUUAGAGCCCGAAGAGUACUGGGCGAAUUAUGGCAAUGAGGAUGCAGCCUCAGUCCGCUGUUUUGAGCUUGAGUGUCCGCCCGAUGAUGACUCUCUUGUUCUUUCAUCUUCAACUUCUCUUCUGUCCUUCUUCUCACUCACAGCAUUGACUCUUUCUUUCCAUCUGCUCUUCGGCUGA